GAACGCUCUCGGGUAUCUGAUUAACCCGGUUUUUCUUUUUUCUACUAAUUUUGCACGAACCGUGUCUGAAUUCCUUCCCCCUUCAUCGUCCUCCUUCUUUACGACUUUUCUCGGAUCCAGCCCAGAGUUUCCUCCGAUAAAUUUUACAACCUUCAAUUAUAAAUCGAAGAUUUGUUCAAUUCUCUUUAUCCUAUAUUAAUUGAACCCAAAUUGAAUUCACGCCGUUGAUCAUACCCGAUUUUCGAUUUAGGGUUUGGAAUCGGCCCUUUAGACCAGUGCAAUCCUUCAAUACUUUAUCGUUAUCUCUUCUAUUUCAUGUUUCGGUAAACUCCCCUCUCUUUCAUGCACAUAUUUCUUAGAUUGUCUCGACCCGUUCUAAUUUCUAGGGUUUCGAAGCGUUUGAUUCUCUAAGGUUUGUUCUUUCUUUAAAUUUGUUGAGGGUUUUCGUUUCUUUUCUAGCGAUUUAUUGAUUUCUGCUCUUUUUAUUCGUAAUUUCUCCGAUUUACCAGCAAUUCGGGUGUGUAAUAGCUUCGACUAGGGUUAGGUUUCCAGAAAGAUUUGGGACCUUUGUAUUUGGUGUAAUUAAGUUGGGGAUACGUUCAAGGGCAUAGGGAAUUCACCUCUGGCGUUUGAUUACGUGAUAUUUUAACUGAAUUAAGGCUUCUAGGGUUUUACCUUGAUCUCUCCGACACUUUUCUUUUGCGGUCCUUCGAAUCGACGAAUUUGGGAGGUUAAGAUGGGAUCUAAAAGGCCUUUUGAUGCUGAAGAGUUCCCGGAGCUUCACUGUAAGCAUCCAAGGAAGCUUGAGUAUAGCAAUAUGCCGGAUCCGUGUGAUGAACAUGUUCCUUGUGAUAAUGCCCCACAGGAACCUAUUAUUUCAGGUAGAAAUAGGUGGCAUACAAUCUUUUGGGGAGUAUGAGGAUGGCCUUCAUAAAUUUCAGUGCCAUGAGGCACUUGAAAAAGACACUGUCACAGAUGUUUCAAAUUUAGUUGACAAGGGUUUCGGGACCAAUGACCCCUUGUCAUUGGUUUCCAGCAGUUCUAGUGAAGAAGAUGCUAGGUCUGGGGCAUCGGCAUACUCAUCUAUUUAUCCUGAAUAUUUUGAGUUAGAUUUCCCACGAAGAAGAUUUGUUCCAUUUGAGGAUGCCUAUCAUUCUUUCUUGGAUCAUUUUCCUAGAAAGCAAGUUCCCAUUGGUACAAAUCAUCAAGCCAGUAUUCCAUUGUGGGGCAAACUCAUAAAUGAGAACAACUUAGAUAUGACAGAAAAGUUUACUCCCAGCAUUGAUGAUGGUGGCAGUGAGGAGAUGCUGAUGGGGACUUUGAUUGUAUCAAUGCCCGAUUCAAAUUUGUCUACAGACAGAGGUGACUAUGCUGGAGAUGGUAGGGCAGAUUGUCACUGUCUGGAUUCUGGCUCUAUUAGAUGCAUUUGCCAACAUAUUAUGGAAGCACGGGAGAAACUUAGAAGAACACUUGGGGAAGAAAAAUUUGUGAAUUUAGGGUUUUCUGACAUGGGUGAGGAAGUGGCACACAAGUGGACUGAAGAAGAAGAGCAGAUAUUUCACGAGGCUGUUUACUCCAGUCCUGCAUCCUUGGGUAGAAACUUUUGGAAACACCUAUCUUUGGUAUUUCCUUCUCGAAGUAAAUCAGAGCUUGUAAGCUAUUAUUUCAAUGUGUUCAUGCUGCGGAGGCGUGCUGCUCAGAAUAGGUCUAAUUUGCUGGACAUAGACAGUGAUGAUGAUGAGUGGCAUGGAAGAGGCUCUUAUGAGGUUGGCGAGUCAGAAGAAGAUGUGGACUCUGCUAUCGAGUCACCUGUUGAUCAAGAUAGCCAGGCCAAUUCCUCUGAAGAAGAUGAUGGUAGUGAUGAUGACGAUGACAAUGAUGAUGACAACAACAAAGAUGGUGGUGAUGAUGAUUGCAAUGGUGAUGGUGGCGAUAGAUCUGGUAGAGAUGAUGUUCUCAUAGAAGAUGGUGGGAUGAAUCUUCCGUCAGAUGCACAUGCUAAGUUGAUUGAUGAGAGUAAAUUUGACCCGUUGGUUCAGCAUGUGGAUAAGACUUCAGGGAGUGAUCAGGAGGAUCUCAGUGCACAAGAUGACUCAUGCCUGUCAUUUGAUUGUCAAGCCAAUAUGACUAGCUCCUGUGAUCCUGUUAACAGCAAAAAUGCUUUACAAGUGUGUGGAGUUAAGAGUGAGCAUACCAAAUGUUUGCACGGCAAAGAUGAUUGGUCUAAUGAUGCAGUGGGUCAGUUCAAUUUACUGGAGCCCUAUGAUGCUAAAGUUUGGGAUGGCAGCUGCCCAUCAGCUUCAUUAAAAGGUUUUGAUCUUGUAUCCACAUGGAACAUGAUUGAAGAGAUUUUUGGGCAAGGGACUUCAGAUAAAAAGGUGAUGGAUGAUUGAGGCAUCAACUGGUGUCCCUUGAGAUAGGUAUCGAUUUCUUAGCACACUAACAUAUCUGGUGCGGCCUUUGCGAGAGGGCCAAGAUUUUGAGGCUUUGGCAGGUGGAAUUGUCUUGCAAGAUUUAUUUUCCCUAAAGCGUGGGAUAUCUUGUUUUCCAUUAUCCUGGUGUACAUCCUUUUUUUCCCGGGUAAAUAAGUGUUACAAGAAGAGGGGGUUAGCAUGUUAAAAUGCUGUCUACAUCCUUCGUUGAGUCUGUUAUUUGGUAACUAGUGCUUUCGAGGAAAUGCCUUCUUGUACGUCGAUAACUCUUGUAUAUUUUAUUCAGUCCGUACCUCUUUAUUGGGGUGGAAGCCAAUUUUGUUAUAUAUCUUAAUAUUCACAUGUAAACUUUAUAUUGGAAUGGGAACCGCACUGCUCAGUGGUUAAAA